UUAGAAUUAAGAUUCAGAUGGACAUAUAUACUCGGCAGAGAGAGAAAGAGGAAAAAGGAGGAGAGUGGCUAUGGAAGCUCCGAAGUUAUUGAUGCUGAUUCUGUGCGCCUUGUUUAUAGGCAAAACCCUCGGAGAUGGCGUCACUCCUCAAGAAGCCAAAGAGCUCAGAGACGAGGUGCGUGAGAUGUUCUACCAUGCAUUUAACGGAUAUAUGGAUCAUGCUUUUCCACGUGAUGAGUUAAGGCCUUUAUCUUGUGGAGGAGAAGACACACUUGGUGGCUAUGCCUUAACAUUGAUUGACUCAUUGGACACCUUGGCUUUGCUUGGUGACAGAGAGCGGUUUACUUCUUCUGUUGAAUGGAUUGGUAAAAAUCUUCAGUUUGAUAUUAACAAGACAGUAUCUAUAUUUGAGACUACAAUACGUGUCCUUGGAGGUUUAAUUUCUGCCCAUCUCAUUGCAAGCGACUAUAACACGGGCAUGAGGAUUCCCACUUAUGAUAAUGAAUUGCUUCACUUGGCUGAGGACUUGGCACGGAGAAUGUUGCCGGCAUUUGAUACUCCUACAGGAAUUCCAUUUGGAUCAGUAAAUCUGUUGCAUGGAGUCGAUGAAAAUGAAAGCAAGAUAACAUCAACUGCUGGUGGAGGGACACUGACGUUAGAAUUUGGGGUACUCAGCCGCUUAACUAAUGAUCCCAUUUUUGAGCAAGUUGCAAAGAACGCAGUUCGAGGAUUAUGGGCUCGCCGGUCAAAGAUUAAUUUAGUUGGUGCUCAUAUAGAUGUUUUUUCUGGUGACUGGACACAAAAGGAUGCUGGGAUAGGGACAAGUAUAGACUCUUUCUAUGAAUAUCUCCUAAAGGCUUAUUUGCUAUUUGGGGACGAAGAAUAUCUUUUCAUCUUCCAGGAAGCUUAUAAGGCUGCUAUGCACUAUCUCUUUAAUGAUCCUUGGUACGUAGAAGUAAAUAUGAAUUCUGCUGCCCUUGUCUGGCCUUUAUUUAACAGCCUGCAGGCAUUCUGGCCAGGUCUUCAGGUUCUAGCAGGGGAUAUUGAGCCUGCCAUUAGAACACAUGCUGCUUUCUUCAGCGUCUGGAGAAGAUAUGGGUUUACCCCAGAGGGUUUCAAUCUAGCUACGCUCACUGUUCAACAAGGCCAGAAAAGCUAUCCUCUGCGUCCGGAAUUGAUUGAGAGCACAUAUUGGCUGUACAAAGCUACCAGAGAUCCCAGGUAUCUGGAUGCCGGAAGGGAUAUGCUAGCUAGCUUGCAAUAUGGUGCCCGAUGCACUUGUGGAUAUUGUCAUAUAUCCGAUGUUGAAUUUCACAAACAAGAAGAUCACAUGGAGAGCUUUUUCUUGGCAGAAACUGUUAAGUAUUUGUGGCUUCUUUUUGAUUUAGCUGCUGGUCCAGAUAACCUGGUUGAGAAUGGUCCAUACAAGUAUAUUUUCAGCACAGAAGGUCAUUUAUUGCCCGCAACUCCUCAAAUAUCCUUAGUACGUGAGCAUUGUUCCUACUUCGGAGCAUAUUGUAGGAACAGCAAUUUGAUACUGAAAACUCAUACACCUGAGAGUGCAGAAACUAAUUCCAGUCACUCUCAAACACAACCUGCAGACUCAAGUUCCUUAUCGCACUCCAGUUAUCAAAGUUCCCCACCUAUAACUGGUUUGAUUAAGGGACUCUGUCCAGGGCUAACCCAUGGACAAAGGUUUGGCAUAUCACUCACGGCUCCGGUGGAUCCAAGUAGCGAGGACGAAAAUUCAAGUCAAAGGGAGACAACUGAAGUUCAGAGUCAUUCAGUUGUGCUGAUUUCAGACCCCAAUUCUGAAAUUUCCCUAUCAAGUCCCCAUAAUGAUCACGACAAUGAUCCAGUUCGUGCGCCACAAGAAAAGAGCCCCUCUUCUAAAGAAAGCAGAUAACCGGACACGAUGUGUAAUGGAAUUUAGCCUUGUCCAAUUUGCUGUCCAUCAAAGGACUUCCCAGCAUUGGUCAUGAUUGGGAAGGGGUUCAAGCUUCAACAUCCUGGAAGGUGAAGUCAGGGUUCUGCUUGUAUAUGGUGAUUUGGCUGGUACCUAUCGCUACCAGAAGAUGGGCACUAGUGGCAAGAGCUCGAUUUGCUUUUUUCAGAGUGCCAUGAUUCUUAGAAUGGUUUAUUAGGAGUCACAGUCAUAUGCAUAAUACACAUAGAAGUAUCCUGCAAAAAUAUAGGAAUCAGGAGGUGACAAAACAUGUCUAACAAGGUGUCAUCCAGGACUUCUUACUGUAUACUAAGUUUGCUAACAUUUAACUGUUGCGGCGGAGUUGGGUAAGACGGAAUAUGCUGGUGAUCCCAGAUCAGAGACAGGAAGAGUGACUAAUCAAUUUUGUACACUUGAGAUUGCUACCACAAGGUAUUGAUUAUGUUCCUUGGUCAGUUAUUUUCUACGGGCAAUGUGGUAUUAGUUUUGCCCAAAUUCAAGUUUGUAAAUCAUGUACUCCAAUAAUAUCAGUCAGUACCAGAUGGACUGCAUUUUUGGAGUUUUCUGGACCAUAGGUUUCUGAUACAAUAAUGGAGUUUUUUAGAAUUUGUUA